AUGUACGGCGCACCUCAGAAGAACUACAACCAUUACAUGGUUCAGAAUCCUGCUUAUGGGCAGGGGCCGUAUGGGUAUCAGCCUGCACCUGUGAUACCGCAUCAACAGCCCCAAGUACCCAUGCCUCAGCCCUACGGGCCCGGGUUUGGACGUGCAUUGCCUUACCCUCCUCUGCAACCGGUGCAUCAGCCUCAAGCUCCAAUUGCGCCUGAAGUUCUGUCACAUGCUCAGCGCUACGUUCAACCUCAGGCUCCGUCUCAAUACCAACAUUCCCAGCAGGUCGGCCCUCAGAUGGCGCACGGCGUUACUGUGUAUCCUGUAGGCCCACAGGUCUCCGGUGGGCACGCGUUUGGGCCCAGUCAAGUGUCAAUGCAGGGAGCGGGCCAGUUAGAACAGCGAAUGCAGGGUCUGAGUUUGGGCGGGCCCCUGGGACACCAGUCGGCUGAGUCGGAACAAAAGUUCAAAGGGAAGUAUAAGGCGGAGCUUUGGUCUCAGCAUGGAUCCAGUAGCGAUGAGGAGAGCGAUGCGGAUGAAACUGACGAGUCGGAUGCCUCCGUUACCUAUCCUCAUGGCCGCGGUGGCCAAAGCGAAGCCCAGACGCGUUUCCAAUGGCCAGCGAAGCUUAGUCCGGAAGAAGUGCGCAGGGCGGAGAAGUUCGCUCGUUCUGCGGAAAAAGGGCAUAAGCGUGAAUACAAGCGGGUCAAGAGGGAUGCGCGCGGUGAUUCUAGCGAGGAGAAGAGUAAGGAAGAGGCCAGGCCUCGAGAUACACGUAGGGAUGCAGUGUAUUUCGACGAGAGUGUAUCUCCUAUUCCACUACAGGUCCAACCUGUGGGGGAAUAUAAGGAGACAUCCGGGCCUCGGGCGGGAAAGGAAAAGAAGGAGAGUAGGAAAGGGAAAGAGAGGGAAAGGAGCAGGAGUCGGAGCAGGAGCAGGGAGCGUCGUCGAGAGCGUGAGUAUCGCGAGCGGGACCGUGAAAGGGAUCGCGAUCGAGAGCGAAACCACGAGAAGGAGAGGAGUAGGGAACGUCGACGAGAACGCGACCGAGAGCGAGACCACGAGAAGGAGAGGAGUGGGGAGCGUCGACGAGAACGCGAGUAUCGCGAGAAAGACCGAGAAAGGGAGCGCGAGAGAGACAGAGAUAGGGGUGGGGAGCGCACUCCCCGACAGGGUGACGAGAAUGGUCGUGAUCGGGAGCCUAGCGGACGAAGAAAACGUCUGGAGGAUGAUCAGGUGACCUUUAUCGAGUACCCCGAGGAGAGACGGAGCAAGAACAGAGAGAAGAGUCGAAGGUGA